AUGUUAUUCAUGCUUUACAUCGCCCCUCUGUUCCAUAUGGGCAAACCAGAAAAGAGAUUUGGUUACGCCGACGAUGGUGCGAUUCUGGUAAUCUCCACAUCCCUUGUAACCAACAGCAAGAUACUGAGCACAUCCUUGCAAGAAGCAAUCACAUGGGGGAACGCUGAAGGAAUCAUAUUCGCGCCGGACAAAUAUGAGCUCAUCCACUUCUCGCGACAUCGAGCAGAGCAAGAUCCAACCCAAACCCCCUCGGUCUCAGCUGGCUCAAUCACAGUCUCCGAAGGGACAGAGCGCCCAUAUCUCCGCUGGCUAGGGAUCCUUUUUGACAAGAAGCUCAGGUUCAACUGGCAUGUCCAAGAGAUGACAUCUAGAGCAGCGACGAUAGCGACUGCCCUCCGCUGUCUUGGAAAUACAGUCCACGGGAUGAAACCUCACCUCCUACAACAGGCUAUAUUGGCCUGUGUCCUCCGCAAAGCAUACUUUGGCGCCGAAAUUUGGUGGCCCGGCUGUGACCGGCCCAGGUCGCGUCCAGGCUCCCCUCCAGUCUCAAACCGAAUGAACAAACACCUAAAGGACCUAUCCACUGUGAUUCUGACAGGCGCCAGAGCAGUCCUCCCAGUGUUCUGCACCACACCAACACCUGCUCUACAUCGAGAAUCUGGUUUCUACCCUCCAGAAAUCGAGUUGGAUCGGAUCGCCCUUGCAGCGUCUACACGUCUCUCCCGACUAGAUCCCGACCAUCCUCUUCAGAAACGGGCUAAGGCGAUUAUACAGAAAGGUCGUCCAACCAGCCGUCUCGCACGCCGGGUUCUGACACUACCCCGCUCAGAACAGGUUAACCCACUGACCCACCCACCCUGGCUGGAGCACGAACCGAGGGAAGCAGCUCUAGCGCGGGUUGGGGCCACGGGAGGUCUUACAAAAGAGCAAGCUGCAGACAACUUUCGAACACACCUCAAAUCUAUCCCGGAAAGUAACAUCGUCAUCUAUUCCGAUGGAUCCAAGCAAGUUAAUGGACAAACGGGCGGGGGGUUCGUUGGUUUCAUAGCUGGCUGCCAGGUCGUACGCGGCUCAUUCCCCCUGGGUCGUAACAAGGAAGUUUUCGACGCAGAAGCAAUAGCAGCUCUCUUAGGACUGAAGGCUGCUAUAAAGCACCUAGGGCCCUAUGCAGCAUCUAACAUAUGGAUAUGUCUGGACAACCUAGAAGUUGCGAUCCGUCUUCUAUCCUCGACCACGGGCUCAUCACAGGAAGUCUUCAAGGAGUUCCGUACAGUCGCUGCCACCUGGACAUCCUGCCAAAUACGUCCAUUCACUGAGAAUGGCCCAAUCCGGAUCCGCUGGGUCCCUGGACAUGCAAACAUUCCUGGCAACGAAGCAGCAGACCAGGCCGCUAAAGAGGGCGCGAACCAAACCCUGGCCCCUCCUCACCUAUAG